AAGAAGAACAACCACCACGCCAUCGAUCUAUCUCACGACAUGUCUCGAUUCUCGCUGAAAGGCCGCACAGCCCUGGUGACGGGCGGCGCCCGAGGCUGCGGGCUGGCGUUUGCGCGCGGGCUGGCCGAGGCUGGGGCGGACGUGGCCAUCUUCGACCUGGUCGAGCCGGAGGAGGGGUUCCAUGCCAUCCAGAAGGAGUACCGGGUGAAGACGGCCUAUUACCGGGUGGAUGUCUCCUCCCCGUCCUCCCUCGCCGCCGGGUUCGCCUCCUUCCAGGCCGAGUUCCACCACGCGCUGGACAUCUGCGUCCCCUGCGCCGGCAUCAACCAGCACCAGCCCUUCCUCGACUUCGACUUCGCCGAUCACCAGCAGCUGCUGGCCGUCAACGUGCUGGGCCUGUUCCACACGGCCCAGCGGGCGGCCCGCCAGAUGAUCGCCAACCAGACGCGCCACGGCAGCAUCGUGCUGGUGGCGAGCAUGGCCAGCCACGUCGCCGUGCGCAGCCAGCUGUGCAGCGCCUACUGUGGCUCCAAGGGGGCCGUGAGGGCCAUGUGUCCGGCCAUCGCGAAGGAGCUGGCGGAGCAUGGCAUCCGCGUCAACUCGAUCUCGCCGGGCUAUGUGCGAACGGAGAUGACGGCGGGGUUCCCCCAUCUGAUCGAAGAGUGGAAGGCAGCGGCGAUGAACGGGCGCAUCGCAGAGCCGGAGGACAUCAUGGGGGCGUGUGUCUUCCUGGCCAGCGACGCGAGCAGCUACAUGACGGGCCAGGAUGUGGUCGUGGAUGGGGGGGUGACCAAGUGCUCGAAUCUUCUCCGCUACGGAACCCCCGUCAUCCUCCUGGAUGAUCGUCCCGACAAGACCUCCACCGGCAAGGCCGACGGGCUGCAACCCAAAACGAUCGAGACGCUGAAGCAGCUGCGCCUGGCCGAUGCGCUGCUCCGCGACGGGGUCAAAGUCUACGACAUCUGCUUCUGGGACUCCACUCCCUCGACCCCCCUCCGCCGCACCGGCCGUCAGAUUCACUACCCCGACCACCUGGUCGGCGCCUCAGACCCCUACAUCCUGCUGGCGCAUCAGGGCAUGCUGGAGGAGGUGCUGAUCGCCGACAUCGAAGCCCGCGGCGGUCGCAUCCAGCGCAACAGCCCGUUCGUCUCGGUCGCUCGCACCCCAGGGGGGCAUCAGGACCUGCAGGUCACCUACGAGGACCGGACGACGCAGACGACGCGGACCAUCCACACGAGAUACCUGGUCGGAUGCGAUGGGGCGCGCUCGAGGGUGCGGACCUUCAUCCCGGACGCGCAGUUGGAGGGCGAGAUGACGAAUGCGUCGUGGGGGGUGUUGGAUGGCGUCAUCGACACCGACUUCCCCGACCUGUGGAGCAAGACGGCCGUGCGAUCGCACACGGCCGGCUCGAUCCUGUGGAUUCCGCGCGAGCGCAACCUGACUCGGCUGUACGUCGAGCUGAGCGCCACCGACGGCGAGCGCGUCGACAAGGCCAAAGCCACCCCCGAGUACGUGAUGGCGAGGGCGCGCGAGGCGAUGACUCCGUUCCGGCUGGAGUGGAAGACCAUCGAAUGGUUCGGCAACUACGUCGUCGGACAGCGCGUGGCGCGCAACUUCUCCGAUCCGGAGAACCGGGUCUUCAUUGCGGGUGAUGCCGGACACUGCCACUCGGCCCUGGCGGCCCAGGGCGCCAACACCAGCAUGCACGACAGCCUCAACCUGGCCUGGAAGAUCAACCUCGUGGCGCGAGGACUCGCCGAUGCGUCCCUGCUGGGGAGCUACACCGACGAGCGCCGCAAGAUCGCCACCGACCUGAUCGCUUUCGACGCGGGCCAUGUCGCGGCCUUUGCGCAGGGCGAGGCCGCGCUGGCGAAAAACUUCGACGAGAACAUCCGGUUCAUCUCCGGCGUGGGAGCCGAAUACCCACCCGGGCUGUUGACCCGGCCUUCCUCGAGCCGGACGGACGGGGCGAAGGCCGGCUCAUUGAUGCCUCCCGCCAAAGUGACGCGGUAUAUCGACGCCAACCCGGUCGACGUGCAGCUGGACAUCCCCAUGCUGGGCCAGUUCCGGGUCUAUCUGUUCGUGCCGGACGUGGGGAGCGGCAGGGCGUUUCUGGGGGCGUUCUGCGAGGGCGCUGCCGGGCUGGGACGGUCGGCCACGGCCUCGUAUGACGAGCAGCCCAGGGGAUCUGCGGAGGCCGAUGUCUACGUCCAGCCGGAGAGGUAUACGGCCGUCUCGCCGGUGGUCACGUAUGCGCUGGUGACGCGGUCGGAGAAGAGGGCGUUCGAGCUGGCGGAUCUGCCGGAGGUGUUGCAGCGCAGUCGCUGGUCCGUGUAUCUGGAUGAUGAUGUGGAGGGGGAAGCGAAGGGCUGUGGCUGUACGCAGAGGUGGAUGGGCGGGUUGGAUGGCGGGCGGGCGGGCGUCGUGGUGGUGCGGCCGGAUGGGUAUGUCGGAUGGAGUGAGACUUGGGCGGUCGAGCAGGGGGACAAGGCAGCGGAAGGGGUGAGGGAGUAUUUCUCGUUCUUGACUUGA